CUGCGUCGCGGUGCGGUCCGAUCGCCUGUGUGGAGUCUGGAGGUUCGCUGAAACGGACAAGCCUCGCCUGCUGCAGGUCGUCAACACCAGAGAGGUCGCGACCUGCGUCAGCGUCAGUCCUCACGUACUAGGUGAAGUUCUGGUGGCGAGCGAGAGCGGGGCGGCUAACCUGUGGAGCGUCGGCAGAGGGAUGCAGAAGGUCCGGGAGGAAGACGGCAACCUGUACUUCAACGCCAAGUCGUCGUGGCGAUGGUGCGAGUUCUCCGCCCACCCGAGGGUGAUGGUGUACGCAGACAGGACGGGGGUGGAGCUGACGGAUAUCCGGGAGAGUCCGGUCUCGAGUCACACUCUGUUCCGUAUCGGCAACACCCCGGAGUGUCGCAGAGGGGAGAGGCUCAUUCUGUCCAGAUAUCUGGGAGACGUCCACACCUUCCAGCACCUCGUCACCACUCAGUACUCAGCCUACAUCAUGGACGAGCGUUUCCCCUGCAUGCCCAUGCUCAAGUGGGAUCACAUGAUGCAGUCCCCACCCAUGUUUUGUCAUGUUGUUUGUGACUCCGCCUCCUCUGGCUCAGCAGUGGGCGGGGCUAGGACCACUAAGGUCCUGCUGGGCUCCCAAAACUCUCAGGAAAUCACUUUGCUGCAGUACUCAGGAGGCAGAGCGGAGGCCACUUCCAGUCGAGGUCCUCCUCAGGCGCUGCUUAGACCCAGAGACAGUCUGAAACAUCUUCCUGUCCAGAUCCCUCACCGCCUGGACCUCGCUACCAGGAGGUUGUCCUCACCUGCUGCAGGUCUGACUUGUAUCCAGAAGAGAGGAGGAACAGAGUCCGGUGGCGAGGAGUGCAUCUGUAUCCUACAGCUGACGGAGGCGGGGGACAUUUUCUACCAGACCCUUGAGCCAGAGCUGCCGGACGCCUCUAGACCUCUGGCAGCUGAGGACGAGCCGCCACCACAACCGCCUCUAAAAGAAGCCACGGGUUCAGGGGGGCAAACGGCCCAACGGCUCCGACCGCCAGAUGCUCGGCUGGUCAUAUCGGACACGUCGAGCGACGAGGGCGUUAUCGGACCGACCCAGGGCCUGGCUGUGCCGAGAUUUGUGGCUGAAACACCAGAGAGGGAGCAGCGAGCACCGGACGUGCACUCUGACUCUUCCUCUGAGGAUUCAGAGCCCCGAGGGCGAGGUCGUCGCCUGAAGCAUUUGGGGCUGCAGGUCGUCGUCAACGACGAUCCAGAGCUGGAUCGAGUGAGCGGAUUGGGCGCGGGUGAGAAAGACGGAGAGGAACCCGGCAGCGUGGAGGAAACCGGAGGCUCCAGCAGCUCGGGUCGCGCUGAGCGGCCAACACCAGUCGAGCUCAGCGACGGCGCUCUUGUCACGUGGAAACGUUGGCUCCAGAAGUUGGUGCAGAAGAGUCGCAAGAAGACGCCCCAUCCACGCUGGCCGCAGCACCUCACAGUCAAAACCGAAGACCUGCUCCUACCGGGCGGCGAGGCGAGAGAUCCGGCAGACGAGGAGCGAGCGCAGAGCCUGAGGCGCGACCUGAGAGCGUGCAUGUCCGAGCGCUCGCUGCUGGUCCACGGCGCCGUGUCCGCCCCCUUCCGGGCCCCAGGCGCGGUAGCGGUGCCGGACGCGGUGGACACAGAAUCCUGGAAGGACGAGAUCAGCCACCGCCUGACCCUCUCCUGGCAGGGCGAGGGGGCAUGGCGGGCGUGGUGGGAGGAGCGGCUGGGGCUGAACAAGGAGGAGAAGGUGAACGCUCUGAGGAGGAAGAGGAGGGCGGCGAAGGAGGCGAAGAGAGCCGCAGGCCGAAGCCUGGACCUGUCCGGGAGCUUCACCUCAUCCGUCGGCUACCAGUCGAGGCUGAGCGACUUCUCCGACUCGACGGGCUGGUCCUCCGCAGUGAGCCAGGGGGCGUGGUCAGACACCAAUGUCCAUCUGUACCAGCCGAAGGGCUUUUUGGAGAGCAGGGCGGCGAGAGCCAUGUCGCCCACCACACCGUCCGCCACGCAGACUCGCACUCCAGUCAACAUGUGGAGGGUUCAUAACUUCAACGUUUACACCCCCAUCACUGACCACAGCCGCGCUCAGCUUCCGAACAGCAGUAAAACCCCUCAUUAA